AUUGGGAACAUUUUGUAAAAUGUCGGAGAAAGAAUACCGGGGCAAUUUAGAAAUGCUAUCAGAAUAAAAAUAAACUGAACUGGAGUUGUUAUUAAAAAUUACAUUAAGUGUAUAAAUCGGCAGUGUUUUAAUUACUGAAUAAAGUAAAAAUAUGUCUGCUCUUCAGAAGACGAUAAUGAAAAACAAAUUGCCGCCAAGAUGCCCUAGAACUUCUGGCGUAUCGAAGCUCGCGCCAUUCGGCGCAGGUCGUCGUAAGGACUACACGCCAGUACCCUGGAAGGAGUAUUUUGAGAAGACAGUAGAUGUGGAGACUGAUGGAGGAACUUUCAAGGUGUACCUGUCUCCGGAACCUGAUCAUCAGGACAGGCCCAGGAUAGUGACGUUACAUGGAGGCGGUUAUUCGGGACUUAGUUGGGCUUUGUUCACUGAGGAGAUAACGAGCAUGAUACACUGUCAGGUGGUAUCAAUAGACAUAAGAGGCCAUGGGGAAACUAAGGUGGAGAAUCCUGAUGACCUCAGCAUUGAAACUCUUGUGCAUGACGUAGAACAAGUGCUGCACAAGUUGUUCAGCGAGGGCAUUCCGUCACUGGUGCUGGUGGGGCACUCGAUGGGCGGCGCCGUCGCCGUUCGCGUGGCGCAGCGGCCCUCGCUCGAGCACUGCAUACAUGGCAUCGCUGUUAUUGACGUAGUGGAAGGCACUGCAAUGGAUGCCCUUGCCAGCAUGCAGAGCUUCUUACGGAGUAGACCGACUCAUUUCAAGAGUAUUGAACAUGCUAUAGAGUGGUGCGUCCGAAGUGGCCAGGUUCGCAAUGUUGAUUCAGCGAGAGUAUCAAUGCCCAGUCAAAUUGUGAACUGUGAAACAGGCCUCCUAGCUACAAACGAAGUAGAGACAUACACUCGAGUGUCGGACUCCGCCCCCGAGCCCGCCAGACACGCGGCGCUGCCCGACCGCAUCGCUGAGGAGGAUGGCGAGGAUGUAGCGGAGCCCGAGCCUGAGCCAGAGCCCCAGGCCUUCGCCCGCCCUACAGCAGUUGGGGACGGCGCUAGUACUAUGAAGUACAAAUGGCGUAUCGACCUAUCUAAGACAGAGCGUCACUGGGCGGGCUGGUUCCGCGGACUGUCGGCCGCCUUCCUCUCCCUGCGGCCGCCGCGGCUGCUGCUGCUGGCCUCUAUAGACGGCCUCGACAGGGAACUGACUGUCGGACAGAUGCAGGGUAAAUUCCAAAUGCAAGUGCUGACGCGAUGCGGUCACGCCGUACAUGAAGAUACGCCGGGAGAGGUAGCGCGAGUGGUGGCAGCCUUCGCUUUGCGUCACCGCCUCACGUCGGCCACCGAGGCCGGCGAACAGAUGCAGCUCGUGCAUGCCAUGCCGGGAUGCUGAACUGUAUUUAUAUUUACGAAAAGCUCAAUAUAACUUGAUGUUACAAAACUUGCAAAAGAUGUUCAAUGACAGCCGGAACCUACAGUUAACGUGUCCUCCGAAACGCUGUCAUUGGUGUCCUAGACUUACAAACAUAGAAAGUACAUACAAACUUCGAAAAGUUGACCUGGGGAUCAAGCAAGAACCAAUUCCGAUGGAAAUUUAUUCCAAUCGAACCCACUUGAUUUUUUAUUUGAUUUAAUUGAAGAGAUUUUUUUACCCACUAGGCCACCGAAAAUCUGAAUCAAGGUUUAAAAAACUGUAAAUCAAGUUAUAUUGAGCAACUAGAUGCUCACUAAUAACGACAACUGACCAAACGUAAAAAUGUUAAUAUUCUACAGAGAAUUCUACUAAAGCUUAUAUAAAUUAGCUUAAAAUAAAGGUUGUGUUUCAUGUUUUAAUUUUGGUGGUAACCAUGCUUGAUGAUUAAUCACCAGAUGUUAUAUGGAAUCUAAGUUAGAUAAGUUGGUUGUGUAUUGAAUAUUUUAGGCAGAAAGUUUCCUAUUGAUUUCUUAAUAAGCAAUAUUAAUGCAACUUUGCAACUGUAGAUUCUAUCAUGGGAAAAUAUGUAUGCAACAUAUAUAUUUUUAGAUUGCAUGCACUACCUAUAAAAUGUACUAAACUGAGCAAUCUGAGAUAAGCAAUAGUAAAAAAAAAAUACUAUAGUAGAUGAGGACCUCCUUUGGGCAGUCGGUUAAAGAAAUGAUUUGAUCUAUUUCUCUAUGUCGUACUUUAAGCAAUGUUAAUAUUUUGCAGCUAACUAAAUGUGUCUUUCUUAAUGGUUGUAAUUUAAAGCAUAUACUAGAAUUCUCUGUAAAAUAAGAAAAUAACAAAAAUCUUUUGAAAUAAGUCUGAAAACGGAAGUACUUACAAUUUAUUGUGAGUAUCCAAGAAUGAUUCCAACAUUAUCAUGCACUUUGACCGGGUAGGGUUCGAUAAUGGCCAAGUCCGAGUCGGUUAAAGUGCAGAAUAUAUAAGGUCGCGUUUAUAUUGGUACAAGUAGAAGUAGCACAAAUCUGGCGUAUUUAUUAUAUUAGCACUGGCUUUUUAGAAAUAUUCUAAUGUGUAAAAUGUCGGCCGAGCUUAAAUACAUAAUAUGUAUAUCUUUUCAUUCUAAAAAUGUAAUAGUUUGACAACUUUUUUUUGUACUUUCAAGUAGAAUAAUGUAAGUAAAAUGUAUAUUUAACAUUUAAUUAGUAAAUUAAUGUUUACCAAUGUGGACGCGACCACAAAACUAUUUAUGAAUGAACGAAAAUAUUUUUAGAAGCAAGUUCAAAAUUUUUAAUAAUCCUUGUAAUAUUAAGCUUCUGCUCACAGUGAGUUUUUAUUUUAAUUUAGUUGUUAAAGUUAUUAAUUUUAAUUUGCGAAAUUACGUAAUUUUUUAAGUGAUAUUUUCUCAUUUCAAUAAUUCAGACCUUCUAUCAUAAAUGUAAUGUUUUGUUAAAAAGCAACAUAUUUAUUUUUAAAUACUAAACGAAAGGCUUAUUGAUUGAUUCAAAGGCUAAUUAGUUAAUGUUAAGAAUAACCAGUAGAUUUGUCAAAUUUUUUGUUUACUUUAUGGCGGGCAAUAUAAUAUCUGAAAGAACACAUAGUUUAUACAAAAAUAUGUAUUGUACUAUGUUGAAUGUGAUACGUUAUAUAACGGUCUAAAAGUUAAAAAGAGUUCCUUUAAUCAUUUCAUUAUUUUCAUUUCGUAACAUCGAUCUCAACAUCAGAAAUAGCUCAUGUUUUGAUCUAAAGGUCAGAAAGUAGUUGAUAUGUUCAGUACCUCUACCAUGAAAAAACAAUAAUAGGUUACCUAUGUUAUGCUAGAUUUAUGAGUACGUAUAUUUUUAGUAUGACCAAUUUUAGUUCCGUAAGUGAACGCUAUAGGCGCUGUAAAAUGAGCCAUACAAAAAAGAACCAUGCGUCAAUUUGUACCCAUUUUUUAACAUUGCUCAACAGUGAUGGAACUUAAAGCUCUUGACACUUGAGCACUUUUUCAUUCUAUGGCAACCAAAUUCCAAUCGAUUGCGAACAUCCCUAUAUGGUAUUAUCGUCUCGUCAGGAGCUUUCAUGGUUUCAUCUCAUGGUAUAGGUACGGUAAUACGUAAAGCCUAGCAGGCAAGUAGUAUUUUCAUAGUAUUAAACUCUUUCCAACUACUCACUAUGAAGGUACCUUUAGUGCCUUUGUAAUUAUUUUUGUGUUGUUCUCGAAUUAUUUAAUUUAUUUUUUAGUUAUAAGUGCCAUCACACGGUUUUAUUAAGUUUUCUUGUUUACAAUAAACACUGAAUAAUCGCGAUUUAAUGUGAUCGUGUAAAGGAUUUCACUUAUUUCUCAAUUUGUAUAGAAUUGUACAGAUGCUAUUUGAUGUUUAAUAUGAAAUAAAGAUAUAUUUAAUUCA